UUGACCCGGCCGCCGACCUCCGGGAGACGACAGAGCGGAACGCGUGGGAGGCGCGUAAAGAAGAGGCCGACCAGCUGGCCAAGGAGCAGGCGGGCAAGGCCGCCGCGUCUGCUAAGAGGGCGCUGGCGCAGGCGGAGGCCGAAGCCACAGAGAAGGAGCGGCUCGCGAAGGCCGCACGCCGCCAAGAGCCGCUGCUCGUGACGCCCCUGAACACUGCGCCGCCUCCACCUGAGUUUGUGGCGACGGCCGGAGGAGCCGGCGACGAUCAUCCGAUCCGGGAGCGGGAGGACGGCGACGUAGCCAUGCCGGACGUCUUUGUGCCGCCGCCGCCACCGCCGCCGCUGCCAGCCAGCGGGACGCAGGACGAGUAGCCGGCCGCAUCGUCGGUGCCACCGAUCGAGGACACGGUGGUGACGGACCUGAUUCCUGAGGUCCGCACACCCGCGCGUCGCCGCCUUGAGAAGGCGGCCUCAGCGCCGCAGCCGCAGGAGGUCGGUGCCACGAGCUCAUCGGUCCCCGACACCGAGGCAACCAGCACCGCGCCCACAGGCUGGAUACGCGGGGGCGAGACGAGCGCCCUGAACCAGGCGUCCCUUGACGUCUAGGCCAAGCUCCGGGCCGAAGCCGAAGCCCUCAGGCGUUGCAACGAGGCCUUCCUGGAGUCGCGGGCUUCCAUCUGCGACUAUCAUAAUCUUUGCACUGUCUCCUUCAACUCCAGGGUUCGGGAGCUGGAGACGUAGACUGCCCAUCUGACCUAGAGCCGGAAGGCCAACGCCGCCUUGCAGCAGCAGCUGGGCGAAGCCAACUCCGCUCUGUGCGGCAAGGAGGCGGAGUGCAGCAAGAUGACCGAGGAGCGGGACCGGCUAGUCACCAAGCUCGCCGAGCAGACGGAGGCUCUCAAGACGGCCCAGCGGGAUGCGAAGGCGAAGGAGGCCGAUCUCCUUGCCGAGUUCGAAACCGAGCGCGCCGCCUGGGCCGACAAGGAGGCGCAGACGACGGCCUGCUUCAGCAACAUCGAGGACCUGGUCGACGAUUUCUUCCCGGGUCACUCCGUCGCCGCGAGCCAAGCCAUCGAGGCCCAGUGCGAGGAGCGGAGGGCGGAAGGCGCGCAGAUUGCCGUUGACGCCCCUCGGACCCUUAAUGAGCAGAUCCUCAGCAUCCAGGCCCGACUUUGGCCCGCCCAUCAAGUGUUGUUCCGUCUUCAGCGCGUCGGGGCCCAGGAGAUUGCCGCCCUCUGGCCAGGCCUGCCGGCUCCGUGCACUCCAAGCCGGAGCGCCGACUGGCUGGAGGUGGCGGCCGACUGCCUGGAGGCGUGGAAGGGCUCUGUAGCCCAGGCAGGAGCGCGCCGCGCCCUUGAGUUCGUCAUGGCGUGGUAUCCUAGGCUGGACUUAGCCCAGCUGGACAUGUUCCGGCUGGAAGCGCAGGAGGAGCUGGUAGCGGUGGAGGCCGAACUUGUUAACAGGGCGGCGGCGGUCGCCGACUUCACCGACACCAGCAUCUUCAUUCCGGAGGUGGUCGAGGAAGGCGGCGAAGCCCCGCAAGAGUGGCUCGGGCUGAACUCAGAGGACAACAAGGACUCGGCCGAAGUCAUCGACUCCAGCGAUGAAGGAGAGGAGGGGGACGAGGAGGAGGAUGAGGAUGAGGAGGAGGAAGAAGACAUCGACAUCGACAUGUCGGAGGCUGGUGCGGAUGAUCAGCCCCACCCCGACCGGGCGUCAAGCAACGACCCACGCUCCAAAGCGCCGGCUGCUGCUGGAGGCGGCCAGGUGGUGACCGACCAGUCGCCCGUGCCUCCGACAGAUGCCACCGACUCUGUCAUCCAGCCCUCCAUCACACAGACUGGCAUUGCCGACUCCAGCGCCCAGCCAGAGCCGCCUGUCGCGCCAAUCGGCGCAGCUGACGCCGUCGUCCGGCCAGAGCCGCCUGCUACACCAACUGGCACCGUCGACCCCAACAUCCAGUCGGAGCCGUCUGCUGUGCCAACCGGCACUGCCGACCCCAACAUCCAGCCGGAGCUGUUUGCUGUGCCAACCGGCACUGCCAACCCGAGCGCCCAACCGGAGUCCUCCGCCGCUCCUUAGGGAUUUUAUCUUUUUUCUUUUCCUGCUUGCUAUUCUGAACACUUUUGUUAAAUUCGCACAAUUCCACCCGCUGGGUGUAUUUUAAACUUUGCUGAAUGCCGGCCGAUCGGCCUUUAUCUAUGUAAAUAUU